AGGUCAGAUGGAGAAGAUCAACAUAUUGAGUUGUCGAAAUGCAAGUUUAGGUUUACAAUUGGAGAUGGGGAUGAAUUAGAGAAACUUCUUCAAGAGGCACAGGCAAAAACGGCAAUGGUGGACAUUAAGGUGGCAGAGGGAAGAUUGGAAGAAGAGGAAUUGAAAAGUAGAAAGCGUAAGCAUGAAGAGGAAGAAGAGGAAUUGAAAAGUAGAAAGCGUAAGCGUGAAGAGAAGCAUGAAAAGGUAGAUGAUUUGAAGUGGAAGAUAGAAUUUUGGAAUGAGCAAGGACACAUGGAUAAAGUCAACAAAUUUAGACAGGAGCUUUAUGAACUGAUGGAUGAUUGA